GUAUGUACUGGUUUGGGUUUUGGGUUUUGUUGGCAGCAAACUGUAUCUUGGAUCCCAUCAGGUUUGAGCCUACUCAAAGGUUGUUGGUAACCGGUGAGUGUUGAAGAGAACGAUGGCAACGUCAACUAUGGAUGUUCUUCAUUUCCAGCACACCCCUUUUUACUGUGAGGAGAAUGUAUACUUGCUUUGCAAGAAGUUGUGCAGUGAUGGAAUAGCAAAAGCUGAGGGAUCUGAUCUUUUUGUUGUAUUCAUUUCCAAUGAAAAGAAACAGAUCCCACUAUGGAAUCAAAAGGCUAGCAAAAGAGCUGAUGGGGUGAUUCUUUGGGAUUAUCAUGUAAUUUGCAUUCAGAUAAAACAAGGAAAUGUCCCUCCACUUGUAUGGGACUUAGAUUCAACCCUUCCUUUUCCUUCACCUCUACCUUUAUACGUGUCUGAAACUAUACGACCGUCUUUUCAACUUUUUUCUGAUUAUAACAGAUUAUUCCGAGUUGUGCAUGCUCCACUAUUUCUUCGUAGUUUUGCAUCUGAUAGAAGACAUAUGAAAGAUUCUGGUGGAAAGUGGAUUGAAGAACCUCCUCCACAUGAGCCUAUAGUUGCAGAAGAUGGAACAGUGCACAACCUGAAUGAAUACAUUAACAUAUCUGUUGCUGAUGCUAUUACCGAUGUUACUAUCAGUUCAGUCAAAGAUGUAAUUUUUACCCAGAAAAAUGGUGUGGUGAUAAAGGAUAAUCAGCUUGAGGAAUUCAUCUGUCAGUUAUCUUCUUUAGAAUAGCCCCAUUCAUAUGGCUUCCUGGUUUGUAUAUGUUCAGUGCUAUACAAGAUACUGUCAAAUAUUGUCUCCCUUUUAAUGGGUGCUGUAAAAAUGCUUCUUUUGAAGGUAUCUUUUUUAGAGUGGUGUUCAAGGAAUGCAAAUUUAAGCUACAAUUUUUACUGUAAUUCUUCAAUACUACCCGUGUUUUAUGACUA